AGUAUAGUUUGUCGCUGCAUUUCCUCCUUGUGUUGUUGGAUCAUUAUGUCUUCUCUGGUGUUCUUUAUGAUUCCCUUUCUUGUGCUCCCUGAUGUUUUCAUUUGGACCCCUUGUUAAUUUUCUUAAGGACAUUUUUCAAGUGAUGGGAGAAACAUUAUUCGGGGAAAUAACACCAGAAAAAAUCUUCAGAGGAAUGUAUGUGCCCUUGUGCUGGAAGUGCAAAAAUACAACAGCUGGAUGCUUGGUGAAGCAUGGUGGUGAAGAUGGGUAGGACGCAUUUAAUGGGGCCACUGUCAUGGGGCCGGGUCAGAUGGCUGAAUAUAAUGGGAACAGGAGUUCUUUAUCUGCUGCUGCUAUCAACCUGCCUUGGCCAAGACACUGAAGAUUGGCAGUAUGAGGAAUGUAAACUGUCAAGGUCAGGACCCCCUGCCACCAUCGUUGCCAUAGAUGAAGAAAGCCCUAACGGAACUUUAUUGGUAGAAACCAUGCAGAUAAAUGGCAUGGCAGAGGGUCCGGAUCGUACCAUCUCUUUGUCUCUAAGGGAUAACCACGACUAUUGGGUGAUACUGGACCCUUCCAAACAAGCUCUGUACCUCAACAGCACAGGCCGGGUUCUGGAUCGAGAUCCACCAUCCUAUAUCCAGUCUAUUGUGGUUCAGGUUCAGUGCACCAAUGAGCUGGUUGGCACGGUGAUUUUACACGAAGUCCGCAUUGUUGUUCGAGACCGCAAUGACAACGCGCCACAUUUCCAACAGCCGAGAUACUACGUUGCUGUCAGUGAGCUGACGCCGGUAGGAACCACCAUUUUCUCUGGCUUCUGGGGGAACAAUGGGGCAAAGGACAUUGAUGACGGUCCCAACGGACAGAUAGAGUACACCAUCCAGUACAACCCAAAAGACCCGACAACAAACAGAACCUUUGACAUCCCCCUGACACUGUUUGGCUCAGUAGUUCUCCGAGAAAGACUCAACUAUGAGGAAAUAACACGGUAUCUGGUCAUCAUACAGGCAAAUGACCGAGCUCCUAACCCGAGUGAGCGGCGCACGGCCACAACCACUCUGACUGUGGAUGUGCUGGAUGGAGAUGACUUGGGUCCCAUGUUCCUUCCAUGUACACUUGUGGGUAACACUCGUGACUGUAGUCCCAUCACAUACAGGGCCAAUGUGCUGGAGUUAACAGAGCCGAGUAAAGUGAAUCCCGUCAAUGUGACUCCUCCUAUUCAAGCCGUGGACCAGGACAGAAACAUACAGCCUCCAUCUGACCGGCCGGGGAUACUCUACUCCAUCCUCAUUGGCAAACCAGAGUCCUAUGCAGACUAUUUCAGCCUGAACAGAACCACAGCUGAGCUCCUGCUACUGAGACCCAUUGAUAGAGAGCGCUACCGCAGAUUUGAUCUGGUUAUCAAGGCAGAGCAGGACAAUGGCCACCCCUUGCCAGCUUUUGCCAACCUCCAAAUCGAAGUUCUGGAUGAAAACAACCAGGCACCCUACUUCCUGGAGACCAGUUACCAUGGCUACAUCAGUGAGGCAUCACCAGUGGGUACCACCAUAGCGACCAAUGCAGACCUGUCCGCACCUCUGGCCAUUGUAGCGCUGGAUAAUGAUGUGGAGGAGACUAGAGAUCCUCAACUCCAGUUAUCCUUGGACAGCUACUCUAACAUUUUCUCUGUGUCCUCCUCUGGAAUCAGAAGAUAUCUGACCUUGGUGCAGCCGCUGGACAGAGAAACACAGGAUUCCUUUUCAUUCACGCUUUUAGCUUCAGACGGCGUCCAGCAGAGCAUUCCUGUUACAGUGACAAUAGCCGUGCUGGAUGCUAACGACAACACUCCAACUUUUGCUAAUGUCUCUUAUAACAUCAACCUGUUUACGGAUAUGAUGCCUGGAGAAACUGUGCUACAGCUUUCAGCAGUUGACUCUGAUGCAGGCCCGAACGGUCAGGUGACCUACAGGAUCUUAGCAGGUGACCAGGGACAUUUUGUCAUUGGAUCCAGCACUGGCAUCAUUACCGUGGCACCAGAUGUCGAUCUCUCUGUAGGGCGAAGCUACGCUUUGACUGUGGAGGCCGCAGACAACGGACAGGCACCUCAAAGAAGGUCAUCAAUUACUACGGUCUAUAUCGAAGUUUUGCCCCCAAACAACCAGAGUCCUCCCCGUUUCCCCCGCCAACAGUACAGCCUGGAGAUCAGUGAGGCUAUGAGGACAGGAGCUACACUGCUUAAUCUGCAGGCAGUGGAUCGGGAGAAGGACCCCAUCACUUACAAAAUAGACAAUGGAGACCCAAAUGGAUAUUUUGCACUCCAACAGAAUUCAGGGUAUUUGGUUCUGGACAAGCCUUUGGACCGAGAGUCUCUGGAUUAUUAUACGCUGGUGGUCACAGCUUCAGACGGACAUCCAGAGGGGACCUCCACUGUGACUGUGAACAUUGUGGUGACAGAUGUGAAUGACAAUGACCCGCUGUUUGAUUCUUCACUGCCGGUGAACCUCACUGUCAUCGAGGAGCAGGAUCAUGCGUAUGUUGGACAGGUCAAGGCCACUGACCCAGAUCUUGGAGCGAGUGGGCAGGUCCAUUAUCGGCUAGUCAACCACCAGAAGCUGUUUUCCAUCAAUGCCACAGGAGCGAUUAGGACCACAGUGCCGCUAGACAGAGAGAUCAAGGGUCACUACUUCCUGAUCGUUGAGGCCUGGGAUGGGGCUGUGGAUCCUCGGCGCUCCAGAUUGACGCUGUUAGUCAAUGUCCUGGAUGUGGAUGACAACAGCCCAACGUUCAGCCAACAAACCUACAAUAUAAUCCUACCAGAAAACACUCCAGAGAACACAAUCAUUUUACAAGUAAAGGCCAUAGACGCUGACCUCGGCUCUAACCUCACAUAUCGAAUCAGAAGCGAAGGCUUCGACCAGGAGAUCUUUCAGCUUUUCCGCAUCGACCCGGUGACAGGAGACUUGUCAGUUCGAGAAGUUCUGGACUUCGAGGCUUUGUCUCUGUCUGACUCAGAACCCACGUACACUUUCACUGUGGAGGCCAUGGACAUAGAGGGAUCUAUGCCUCCUGGACUCGCCUCUGUGACUGUCAGAAUCAUGGACAUGAAUGACUUUCCCCCUGUAUUCAGCCGGUCAGUGUACCGAGGCGCGGUUGCCCCUAAUGCAGUCAAGGGAACCAUCGUAACCACUGUGAUGGCCAAUGACUCUGACCCCGUGGGCACUCCAGCAGGACAAGUGCGCUAUAAACUGGACCAGGAGGCUCAUCCGUACUCUGCCAGUAUAUUUGAUGUAGAGGAGAGGACAGGAAAUGUGGUGACCAGAGUGAACCUCAACGAGGAGCCCAACCUUAAGUUCAGUCUGGUGGUGGUAGCCUAUGAUGAUGGAGAGCCUCCAAAGGAAAAUACAACCCUGGUGGAGAUCACGGUCCUUCAGCCCUCUGUCAUUCCUGUGUUCACUCAGGAAGAGUACAGGUUUCCACCAGUGAGCGAGGCUGCAGCUGUGGGAACCCCAGUGGGAGCCGUCAUGGCAGCAGCUGUCAAUCAAACUAUGGUGUACUCCAUCAUCGAAGGCAACGAGGGAGGUGUGUUCGCACUAAAUGAGACGACUGGAAUGAUUUCUACAGCCAAGUCACUCGACUACGAAGCGAAUUCUAGCUACAUUCUCAAGGUAGAAGCAGACUCCAUGCAUGUGGUGUCCUCAAACCUCCGAGCUCAAUCAAAGACUAACACAGCCAAGGUGGUGAUCGACAUCCAGGAUGAGAACGACCAUCAUCCAGUCUUCACAAGACCUCUGUUCAUCGGAGGUGUUGCAGAGGAUGCUAAAACUUUCACCUCGGUGUUGCAAGUACAGGCCCUGGACAGAGACACUGGGAACUACAGCUCUAUGAUGUACCGCCUCAUCAUCCCCCCUCUUGCUGGGAAAGAAACCAAAGACAGCAAAGACGGCUUCGUCAUCGAGCCUUACAGCGGCGUGGUGAAGACAGCGAUUAUGUACCGUAACAUGAGGAGGUCGUAUUUUAAAUUUGAGGUGGUUGCUACAGACAACUACGGCCAUGGACACAGCAGCAAAGCGGAUAUAGUGGUGUCAGUCGUGAACCAGCUUGACAUGCAAGUGGUUGUAUCAAAUGUGCCCCCAACUUAUGUGGAGAAAAACAAAGACAAGCUUCUCAGCAUUUUGGAGCGCUAUGUCCAGGAGCAGAUACCAGGUGCCAAGGUUGUAGUGGAAACCAUCGGACCCCACCGCCACGGCGAAGGAAUGGAGCAGGAAGAUUACACCAAGUCCGACCUCAUGAUUUACGCCAUCGACCCGCUGACAAACAGAGCUGUAUCCAGGCAGGAGCUCCACAAGUUUCUUGAUGGUAAACUCUUGGACAUCAAUAAAGAGUUCCAGCCCUUUCUCCCUCCUGGUGGACGCAUCCUGGAGAUCCGGACCCCUGAAGUGGUAACCAGUGUGAGGAAAGCCGUGCAGUCUGUAGGCUACACAGAGGGGGCGCUGUUGGCUCUGGCAGUUAUUAUAAUUAUCUGCUGUGUCCCUGCCAUACUGAUUGUUAUUAUCACCUACAGACAAUUCAAAGAACGCCAAGCUGAGUGUGCCAAAACUGCCCGAAUCCAGAUGGCUCUGCCAACGGGUAAACCUGGGGGAAGCACUGCCAACAACCUGUACGAGGAGCUAGGUGACAACGCAAUGCGGGGAUAUGGACAACAUGAGACACAACAACUUCUCCGACCCUCUCUGCUCAGACCUGAGGAGUUAUCAAUGGAGUCUGGCAUCGACCCCGGCCAGGACUACUACACACAAGAUUAUUACAACUAUGAUCACGGGUAUGACCUUCCUCAGUACGGCAGUCGCAGGAAGCUGAUCUCCCCCUCCGGCCUCUAUGAUGAAUAUGGAGAAGUUGUUGUUGAUGACGACGGCAGCUAUUACUACAGCCCGCAGGAGUCUGACGGAGAGCCUGGAAAACGUCGUAUCAAGUUGGUCGUGGACCGGGAAUAUGAGACCAGCUCUACUGGUGAGGACAGCAUGCCCGAAUCCCAACGCAGCCGCUUGUCCUCCACGCUCAACAGCCACGCUAACGUCAACGGCAGCAUCUACGUGGCACAGAACGGCUCCAUCAUCCGCACCCGGCGUUCAGUCAACGCCACAGGUCCAACACACAUGCACACCAACAUGAACAACAACUUCAAACUCACCUCUCCUGUCUUCAGCUCACGGCUGGCCAAGCACUUUAAAAAACUGGAGAAAAUGGCCGCCACACUGGAGGAGAGAGUGCCGCUGAACAGCCCCAGAAUAGCAGCAGACAGAGGGUGCAACACGCUGCGUACCUUCCAAAGCUCAACAAUGGCCACCCCUGCAAUGGCCACAUCCUCUUUCUCAAAAACUGACAACAAUAAAACGCUGAACACGUUUAAUCCUCGACAAUCAAGCGUUUCUUUAGGGUCCUCCAGCACCAGCAACACGGGCACUGAAAGUUUAGCGCCUAAAUCUAACCUGCUAAAAGCGGCACAAGGUGGCACGGAGCUGCUGCAGAACUCAGCAGAGAGAGAUGAGCUGAAAGAAGGUGAGAAAGAGUCGAGGAUAGACGUCAGUAUGGACGAAGACGAUGACGAUGGACUGGUCACGAUGGAGCCACUGGAGUGCCCGAGCGACAGAACACAGUCGGAUGAGGAGGAGUUGUGGAUGGGCCCUUGGAACAGCCUUCACAUACCCAUGACCAAACUCUGACUGAUUGUGACCCCACUGUGCUCGCUCUUAUUGCCAAGAUCAUUAAACCAUCAGAACAUCAUAUCUGUUCACAGGUUUUAAUUCACGUAUUUUCCUCUAACGUCAUGCUUAGCGUGAAAAAAGCUAAAUUCUUCUCCAACACCAAACUGUAUGUUCCAGGUUGUAAGUUGUUUAAAUGUUGGGAAUUUUUUCAAACUUUUAACAUUUUACUGCUGCCCUGUUGAUCAGCUGACUGAGAAGACAGCAGUGAAAAUACAAAGUUAAAUCUAACCUAAUGUUAAGUUUAAAUAACAUAUUUAAUGACUCAUUAGCUACAACCAUGCAACAGCUAGUAUUAGCCUCCCAACUCCUAUUGUUAAAUCUGUCAACUAGGAAGAGGCUAAAAGCUAAGUACUGUAUGCUAGUGUUACAUGAGUCAGUUGUAAAGGCAUACACUCCAGCUAAUGUAAUGUUAGCUGGCAAUUAACUUCCUAGCUAGCUUAUGUGACGUUAGCUAGCAAGUGACUGAAUGCCAACAUUAGCUGUUGUCUCAGGGUAGCUAAUGGGCUAUUGCUGUUGUGGCUUGACAAUGAGAUUGACAAUGUGGGUAUUUUUGUUAAUCGUAGUAUAUUUUGCAUACUAAUCAAGAGGGGAUGUAAGAAUAACAAUUGUCAGGUACCCUGCAUUUAAACUGCUCAUAAUUAGGAUUCAAUAAAAGUAAACCAACACAAACACAGUGACUGAGCUCCCACAUUGAGUGUGACUUUGGAGGAAAAUGGCCAUUAUGUGAAUAAAGUUAAUGGGGGUACUCCAAUUUAAAGAAAUGUAAUUAUCUGAUUUAUUUUUAGCUAAACUGUGAAUUAGCAUAAUUUUGGGCUCCAGCUGAAUGUAACUGAGAUUCACAGUCCCACGCAUUUUUGCAAAAAAUUAUAGAUUAAAUUAUCCAAUCAAAAUCAGGUCACUUGGUACCCUAGUUUUGUGCCAGUUUACUCUUUUAAAUGUUGCUCAAUAUUUAAUAAAGAGCAUCACUUGGGCCCAACUGAUCUCAGAACUGCAACACCUUCAGAAAACUUGACCUAGGAUGGGAGGACUUGAUAUAUUUCUAUUUUCCUAAAAGAAAAUAAAGAAACUUGAGUAUAAAGUCUUUAAUGGCCCUUUAAGUGACCAGUGUCUCUGUAAGAAAAUGCACUUGUUUCAUUCAGUGUCACAGCUACUGGUGCAACUCAUCCUGAAUUUGCCUGGCGCUCUGAAUUGACACAUGAAGUCUUGUAUUGUUCAAACUUGCCUUUUUAUCUUCGUCAAGUUUCUUGGCAAACUUUAUCCAAAUAAAAGACUAUUUCAUCCAUUGAAAAGUGGAGUUUGGCUAA